UUUUUGCUCGGUUAGAAGAAGCGCAGUAGCGAAAAAUCAACUGCUGUUAGAAGAGCUCGAUCUUAAUUCAUACGUCUUGCUGCUAGACAGAAUAGUUUAAACGAGUGGUGCACUAGAGAGGUGGUGGCGAAUCUUGGCGAAGAAAAACAGCCCAACCAGAAGAAGACGCCAACGAUAAUAUUUAUCCUUGGCGGCACCGAAAUGCAAGCGAGCCGGUUGUGUGCCGCCAGGAAGUGAAGUGUUUGAAAAAUCGGUCCCAGAUAGUUUUGGGACAAGCUGGAGCAAAUUUUUUUCAGCCGAAAGCUAUUUCUGUGUGUGCAUUUUUAAAUACACAACUACCAAUAAAAAGUAUCCAAGGAAUCAGCGGAUACAAAAGUAACUCUAUGAUGAUGUUUUGAACGAUAGACUACGCGUUUGUAGUGCCAUAGCCGAUACGUCGCAUGCACUUUCUUCCGACCGACUGUUCCGCCCCCGCACUCGUUCGCUCAUUCAUUCAACAACAGUGUCAGAUGCAUCGCUGAUUGAAGUGUAGCUGGUGCUAGCUUUGCGGAUCCCACUGUUCGGAUGAAUCUAAUGGCCACGGCAUGGACGUGUGUGCAAGAACAGGACAAAAUAUGUGCUGCCUCGAGUGUGUUGAAUGAGGAAAAAAUUGAAGGAAAAUAGAAAUCUCUAUCGCAGUGACCAUUGCCGUCAUCGUAGAUAAUCACUCGUAUAGUUCAAUCGGGCCAAGAAAACGUAGGCAAUUUUGUACAUUGUAAGAUCCCUGCAAUCGAACGAAAAAUUUCAUUUCAUUUUGUCCCCGAAAACCAUCCUUCAUCUCCUGAAAAUAGUGGUUUUCCGAUUUGGCCAUAAAUCAGACGAGUUUUCAAAAAAUGGCUUUAUCAGGAGGGGGUGGUAUCGGGAUCCACAUAGUAUCCGUACCGAACUUGCAGAAGAUUGAAAGUUUUGUACGAGAUUCCACCUACCGAGAAACGUUAGAAGUUAGUGCAUCGUUCAAUACCCGACUGUGCAUGGAACGAAGAAUGCGGGUCCCGUUUUUCGAUUCUCAAACGGGCAUAGCUCAGAACCAUAGUCACCUGUACAUGCCGCUUCGCCGACGAAUGCCCGGCCAUCGUGAAGGUCAGCUCUAUACCUACCCGGCCUCCCGAUGGUGGAAACCCAAACGGCAAUAUCUCACAAAACUACAGAACCAUCGACCUUUCAAAUCCAUCGGAGGGUCGUCGUUACCACUGGGUGUUCCUCCGGUCCCAACAAGAGAACCAGGAGAAAUACCCGCCCCCGUUGAACCUGCAGAGUUCAAUGCUUCUCUGCUAGAUGAUUCAUCUCUCGGGGCCAAUCUAGAUACAGAUAGUAAAGAUAGCCAUCCGAAUCCAACACCCUCGAAGGAAGAACCCCUGCCCAAGGAUUGGUACUACGACGAAAUGGCCCUGAACGAUGACGAUUUGGACGAUCCAGAAGGGGGAGAUUCCGAUUAUGACUACAACAUCAACGGCUACAAACGGAAGGGCAAACGAAGUAGACGACCAGCCGGCUCCGGAAAGCGUUCACGAGGGAGAGAAUCGGCUGCGGCAAGGGAAGCUGCAUCUGCCGAUCAUCCGGAAGCAAGUGGGUCACCCAGCGGGACCUCCACCCGGAAGCGUCCUGGCCCGAAACGAGGAACGGGAGGAAGCAGUAGGAAACGAGGAACCAAGGACUCGUCUGCCGCUGCCAAGGAUGCCUCGAUGGAUAAAGACCUGGAGGAUAGUAUGAACGAAAGUUUACCGGAACCGCCGUCUUUCGAUUCGGCAGCCAUGGAGCUGGGCGGAGAAAACGGUGAAAAUGGAGGCGGCUACGGUAGCAGUGCCGAUCUACGGAACUACCGGAAGUACCUGUAGAAAGAAUUGGCAACAAAGAGCGGGGUACCUCGAUCGCAUGGUACCAUAACAUAAGUUCGUGGAAAUUCGUUUUGUUUGCUGAAUUGGGAAGCAGAUCAACAUCCUUUGGACAUCAGAAGAAAAUGUCCAGACACUGGAGAACAACACAAAGACACCAUUCAACAAUGUGGAUACAAUUUUCCUUCAUAUGUUUGUUUAGAAAGUUUUCUAAUUUUUAUUCUGUAGGUUUUUCUUUUGUACGUUCAUUUGUUUUUGUAAUUGUACGUUCAAGCUGGUUCAAAAGUCAAUCAUUGAUUUGGUUAAACAAGUAUAUAACGGAAAAGUCAACAGUGUACUGGUACUUAGAACUACAAAAAUACAACAUCGAAUUGUAUAUUUGCAUGCGAAGCUGGAAGUCAGAUUUUGUAAAUUGAUUGAAAAAAUGUUUACCGAUAGAAUGUGGACAAUGAUUAUUAAAUAUAGUUCGUUACUUCGUUUGUAUUUCACCAUGAUCGUAUGACAGUCACAAUAGUGCAUAAUAUUAUUCGUUAAUGACAGAUUUCUACUUGCGUUAUUGAAACUUAACAAAUUCAGAAAAACAAAUCAUACCAUAGCUAUUAGAACACUGUUGAUUGAAACAGAAUUCAAUAAUUUUCAACACCAUAAAAAUAAGUAAUCCUACAUACAACAUAGUAAUACCACUUUCCAAUAAAAGGGAGUGAAAUUGCAAAAGGAAUCCCGUUAACAAUUUACUAACAAAGUUUCCAAAGUUAGAAUUGGAUUAUUAUUUCUUUUAUUGUUGUAUUAUGAUUGGUUUGAAUAAAUGUAACGCUGCGAAAGAACGGUAAUCAUCAAUACGGAAAGCACUCACACUGCAACGUUUAUACGAGAGUGACACUUUUCCUGAAGUGAACUGAAGCAGUUGGAAUCACAUUUGGUGUAUACUGAAAACAAAUCUAAUCUGUUGUAAAAUACAUUAGUCUUAAAAUAAGUGUAAUAGAAAUCUUCUUCAUUCGACGAAUAUGAUAAUAUAUUUGCUAGAAAGCUCGCUAAUAACAUUUCUACUGGAAUUAGAGGGAAAAACAAAUUUGGAUCCACUAAAUUACGACAGUGGCAAACGAAAAACAUUGAAAGAAAUACAAAUUUUGAAGAUUUGUGAAACGUUUUUUGAAAUACAAAAAAAAAACGGUUCAAUCUUGAACAUGAAAAGUUUAAUUUAUUAGCAUAAGAUUUACCUAAUUCACACAUGUAAAUGAGAAAAAUAUUUAAAGUAAAUAAAAUAUCGGAACACAAAUAAUCUUUUUU